AUGCGCCCACUUGCUGCACCUCCGUGUCAUCCACUGGUUUCAGUGCCCUCUGAUGAUAUCGUCGAGCCAGGCGCCUUCAUUCUGUCGAGCAUCUGGUCAGUUCUCGAGAUCGAGUCCAUCUCGGAGCUGACGGUGGUGCUGCCCCAGCCCAGCCAUCUCGACGCUCUCAAGGCGGCCAUGGAGCGGCGGUUCGGGCCUGGUCGUGUGUUUGGCAACAUGGUAGAGGAGGACAGUAGACUGGUCAUGAAUAGCAAUCACAUCCCACACGUAAGCGGAUUGAAAAGGGUGAGAUCUGCAUUGACAUAUGCAGAAUGCAAUAUGCUCUUCCUUUGGAUUAUGUGUCUGUUCAUCAGUUCCGUGGGGCGGCGUUUGCCCAGUUGUCGACCGACGACGUGCUCGAGGCCGCAUUACGGACAGCACGUCUGCUCUUGCCAGAGGCUCUGGUGGAGGACGGCAUUCCAUACGCGAGGGAGCAGCUGUCGUCGAUGCUCAAGAGGUACCUCCCCUCCCUCCCUGUCGACGUCUCAGCCGAGGCGCUCGCCAGCGACUUCCACAAGCGCGUACGUGCUGCUACGCCCAUGAGUGUCGUCGACCCCCCGUAUGCCCCACAGCGCCUCAAGGCACCACUCGCGGCCGCGAUGGAGCGACGCGGGAUGGCCAUGCAGCCCAUGCUGCCGCUGCGAGGCGGAUCGCCCUGCCGCCCAAGCCCCUCCACGAUUGCCUCUGCACAGCAGCUGAUGGCCAUACUGCACAAGACGGGCAAGCACAUCACAGGCAUCGAGCUGCUCUACAAGUAAGAGAAAACACAUGGAGGGAAGUCUGUCACCUGCUGCUGCAUAUGCCCCUCCUCUUUCUCCUUUUUCUGGGCGGCUGGCUGCAGGGCUACCAUGCACGGCUUCGACUUCACCGACAUGCUCACCCGCGUGGCCGAUGCGAGCUGCCUGCUGUUCCUCACCCGGAGCAAUGGAAACAUGCACGGCUGCUUCAUCGACGAUAGCAUCCGCCCGCCCCCACCGCCCCACCAAAUAGCCCUCAACACCCUCUACUCCUACUACAACCACUAUGAUGCCGACGCCCUCAUCUUCUACGCACCCGGCCCGUCGCCUCCAAUCUUCGACCCGGAGGAGGUCACGCAGCAGUGUGUGAGCGUCUCACGCCCAGACAUCGGCGUGCGCGGCAGCCUCACGAUCGGCAGGUCCGCCUCGCACAACUUGAGCAGGGAGGAAUGGCUGGGGCUGUGGGUGCCCGACGCCGUGUGGAUGGACAGUGGGUUGCCUGGCUGUGUGGUGCGACUGGGUUGGGGGGAUGUGAAUGAGGUGGAAGAGGUUGCAGCGGAUGAGGUAGAGGUAUUCACACUGCAGACAGAAGGCUGAGUGAAGGGGGCGGGAGGGAGGGGGCCUGGACCAUUUUUUGAAAGUAUGUGGCGCCCAAGAGAGCACACCACAGAAAGCAGACUCUGAGAGAGACGUAUGACACACUUAGCAGCAGCAGCGGUCUCUGGAGGACGAUUGCCUGGAGCAAGAGACUUUGCCCAUCGAGGGAGAGGGGUAGACAGACAGACAGGCACCCAUACACACAUACACUGGCUGGCCGACUGAGUCUGACAUGACCAUACAAUCAUCGCGCGUCCAUGUGCGUUUUUGCUAGGGGGAGGGGACUCAUGGAUGAUAAUGCCGAGUGAUAGCCAGCCGAUGCACCAACUGAUUGGAAUGCGUCAUGCCUCUUUCUCGCCGUGACUGUUUUGCACUAAGACAGGCCGAGAGAGACGCAUGACUCACUAAGCAGCCGCAGCGGUAGGGAGCAACUGACAGCAUCUGUCACAGACAGGCGCACACAGCGUCAUGCUGCAGGGCAGUGUCUCGGUCGUCUGCUGGUUGGUUGGUGCAUCGCUACUCCAAUUCAGACGUGUUCAUGGCUGCGUGGUGACUUACUUUGCGUGGAUGGAUGUGCACUCGUGGAUGCUACAUGUCAAGAUUUUU